UGCUUUCAACUGUCAACAAAGAAAUCGAAAACAAAAUCAAAUCUGAACGCAAACACAACACUUUCUCAAAACAAAUUUGUAUCCAAAUUUCUCUUAUAAAUUGAAUAACAUACCUACCUAAGUUUUAUCGUUAGAUAUAAAAAAGUGUCAGCAAAACCUACGGACUUCGCACUACCAAAUCGACCCACCAAAUAUCCCAGAUGAUGCAAAGCUGCCCCCCAAACCAUCCGCCCCAGCUCAAUGACUUCUGCCGCAUUUGCCUACUCCGCAAGGCCCAGCUCCGGCCACUGUCGGCUCAAACCAAACCCGUUAUGAUUCCGGAGAUGCUGUACAAACUCACCGGAACGAUGCUCAACCUGAACGAACAGCUGCCGCGGGUCAUCUGCGAGGCCUGCUUCACGAAGCUGGACCUGGCGUACAGCGUUACGGAGGAAUUCCGCCGGCAGGAGGAGCUGCUGCGAAGUCUUUGGUGGAAGGGCGCGCUGGUGGACCAGUUGGUGGCGUACUCGCGGACGGAGGAUUCUCGUCGGAAGCCGCACUCGGAGGAGAUUAUCGAGCGAUUGGCUGGAGAGCGGCGGAAGCAGGUUUCGGUUGAGCAAGUGGAGCAGCAGGACCAAGCAAGUGUCGGGUCCGGCCUCGCGGAUUUGGACGAGGACUUUGGAGCGGAUCAGGAGGAAACGAUACCGCCAGUAGAACAGCUUGUUCCGUUGGUUAAGCCAGAAUCGCUCGAAGCAACAGAUUUAGAUAUUGAAAUGCUUUCGGAUGGUCAGGAGGAGGAGUCAACAGACCAGCUUAUUGAUAAUGGAUUCGAAAUGGUUCUCGAACUAGAAGAUCUGCAGACAAUCGGAGCCCUUCCAGCUGAACUACUAGAACAACUAGCCUGGUAUGGAAUCCCCGAAGAUGAGCCCACCUACAGUGUCACGUUUAUUCCGUCGGAUUCGGAGUACGACCAAAGCGACAAGGAUACGGAUUACGUGCCAGAUGACGAAUUUCUGCUGCUCUCGAUGCGAUCCGAGCUAGAACCGAGCGCAGCUGAUGAAACAGUCGAACUUCGCGACGACGAAUCUGUCGCGUCCGACCCUGAUCUGGCUGACGACGUGGCCGAUGUUGAUUUUCAUCCGGAUCAAGCCCGAGCUACCGCCAAGAAGCGAUACUGGCACCAAAAGGGCGAGUUUGAAUGUUCCGUGUGCAAAAAGAUUCUCCCCUCGAGGCGUACCUUGUACGUGCAUGCCAAAAAGCACAAUGCGCGCAAAGAAGGACAGUUCUCUGCAUCCCUGCAGGAGUCGAAAGAACAAGAAUCGGACCAACACGAUGAGCUUGAAAAGGGAGAAGGCAAAUUCCAAUGCGGAUACUGCCAAAAGCGCUUCCCGUUGUUGUCCCGUUUCAAGAAGCACGUCGAACGCCACGAGCAGCUUCGGGCGGCCGGUAUUCCGGAGCGUAAUCGAACCGGUCGCUACAAGUGCUCAAUUUGUGGAAGCAGAUUCGCCGAGGCUGGCAGAUUGACCCAGCACAUGCGUCGGCACGAGGCAAUACAGGACGGAACAUUCGCGUGCAGAAUCUGUGGCCAUCGAUUUGGUGCUAGACUUGAACAAGUAAAACACGAGCGCAGACAUGAAAAAGAUCCGGUGUUGCGGACUGAUCGAGACAAGAUAAAGCAACCGAUUUUGGUCACAAAGAACGAUAAAGUUAUGUACAAAUGUGGCGAUUGUCAAAACGUGUACGUGUCCCAAGCCAGCUACUUCACCCAUGCCCGAAGACACAUUGUUGCCAAAGCUGGUCUUUAUCAGUGUCAGGAUUGCGGGAUGCGUUACGUGAUCAAGAAGCAUCUACGACAUCACCAGCGGACGGUUCACAAGCUGUUCAUCAAGGUUGAACCCGACGACGAAACGGAGGCUGACGUCAACGUUGAACCUGCUCCGGUGGAUAUUGGGAAACGACUUCCUUACUGUGGUCAAUGCGAUGCGUACUUCUUAAACCAGCUCAACUAUGGCUUGCACAUGCGAGUCCACCAAGAGUCGUCACCCAUUGAAGUCAAUGUAAAGUCCGAAGUCCAAAUUGUCGAAGAUGAUCAACCAACCAGUGGCCAGACAUCGUCAGGUCCGUGGCAUUGCAAAGAGUGUGACGUUACUUCAUCCACCAAAAAAGCUUACUUCCAGCACCGGCGUGUACACACGAAUCUCCAAACCGUCGAGUUUAAGUGUAACGUUUGUAAAAUUGCACUUCCGUCACGUUUGGCCCUUUUAAGACAUCUAAGAGGUGCCCAUGAAAUGACUACCUGGCGGGGUUACGGUGUCACGAAAACGUGUAAACGUUCCAAAUACAUUCUCAAGCCAGCCAAACCGCUGCCACAAGCCAAUCUGAACGCGUACUUCGCCUGGGAAGACCAGCGCAAACCGAUUCCGGAUUCCGCCAGUGAUAGACCGCCAGUAAUUCCCACGAGGGCGGAAGCAGUGACGAUGCUGGAGCAGCUCGAAGACGGCUCGUGCCACUGCACAAAGUGCGGCAAAACGUUCAAUAGUAUCCAGAGCGCUGCGACGCACGCCCGACGGCACAAAAUCAUUGAAGCGGGCAUUUACACCUGCGAAGUGUGCCAGCAGGCAUUUGGUGCGCGACUUGAACGAGAAAAUCACAUGAAGAAUGCACAUUAGAACCGAGCUCAAUGGUGUUCCUGUUUAAGACAGCAUUUAUUGCACCAUUUAUUGAAGGGUGAUCAAACCAAGGAAAUGAUUCUUCCUGUCAAGCUUCUGUGAAGUUAUCCAAA